AUGAGUUAAGAAUUACUCCAUUGUCCGAAAUGUUAAAUGAAUUUCGAUAGAUACACUCGAACGCCUCAAAUGUUGCCAAAAUGUGGGCAUUCGAUGUGCAUGCAGUGUCUUAAGGAGUCGUGUAAGAUCAUCUGUCCAGAAGAUGGGUACCAUAUCUCAAUUUACCAGAUUGCUCUAACCUGCAGAUCUCUCACUCUACCCAAUUAACCAAGCUGUUUUGAGAAUCAUCUGCAAAAGCCAGGAUAACGAUAUAGCAUAGAACCAAGACAAAUUGCAAUAGUGUCCCCAACACCACAAACUGCUUGAGCUUAUUUGUAUAGAUGACAAGUGCAGAAUUUGUUCAAAUUGUGCCUUGUUUGGUAUGCACAAGCAACACAACAUUCAAAAUGCUGAAGUACCCAUAAUUAUUGAUUCUUCAGUCUCUGGAUAAAUCCAUACAGGAAAACCUCCAAUAGACUCAGCAGUUGACUCACACCAUACAAGACAAAGUCAAAUUACUCAAGUUGCCCCUAAUCAACAAGAAGAUACACGACUAAAUUGGACUUUGUAUAAAAUAAUAAUAAACUCUUGCUGAAGAACAAUUCAAAGUAUCUUACAUCAGUAAUCCUAGGAAAUCAUUAAUUAAAUACUCGCCAAAUAGCAGAAAGUACUUGAAGAGAUCGAAUAGAAGUAUAAGCUGUUAGAAGAUCAAUUUUUCAAAAAGGAGAUUCUUACUAUUACUUCCAUUCUUGAUAAAGCUGAUUUAUGGAUCCUUGGGUAUUUAUUCUCACUUAACACUUAGAUCCAAUCAAAAAAUCCGCGAGUAUCAAUCAGCCAAAGUAAAAGGAGAUAUUCCAUACACUUUGUUGCUCCAAGACUCCUCAAAUAAGCAAGGUAAACAAAUCCUUGAAGAAAUCGAUGAGUAUCUACUCAAAUUCCAAAAUAAUCUUCAAGACAUUGUUUCUGCUAUACCCAGUGCCAAUCAAUAUGAAUAAACUUAUUUCGAUGAGCCUAACAUACUCAAAGAUCUAUCUAUAAUCGAGUAGAGUUUCCUAAAAGAAAUCGACGAAAAGCCACCUCAUAAUGAAUUCCUAGGAUCGUCUCUGCCAGAAUCUACUUGCCAAUCUCAACCUUCUUCCAACAACAUCUCUUAGAAUGCCAUAAGUCCACAAUAGCCACAUUAAAAAAGGGCGUCGCAAUAAUUCGCUUUAGUUUCGCCCAAGGUAUAAAGUAGACAACAAUCUGCUUCUCCCAAGAAACCAGUAGUUAAGAAAAAGUUAAACACGAAGGUUGAAUCAAUUUUAUUUAACUGUAAUGGCGACUAUCUGGAUUUAUCACAAUAAGGUAUUACUAAGUGACAUAUUCGUAUAGAUCUUGGAGACGAUGGAAUUCUGAUAUUAGAGGAGUAGAUACGGAACAAGAAGGUGAAGAUUGUGAAAUUGAUGAGAAAUCGGAUAAGUGAUGUUGGUGCUAUUAAAUUGAUGGAAUUACAUUGUUAGGUGUUAUACUUAUAAUCAAAUGUAAUUACGGAAAAGUUUUUGGAUAUGAUAAUGAAUGCUAUACAAAAGCAGAUUCAAAUUCACAUCAAAACUGUAUAUUUGGGUCAGAAUCUCAUCAAUUAGUUCAGAGUGAAAAAGAAGAUAGAGGAUCUCAAAAAAUUAGGAAUUUCAAUUUAAAUAUGA